UUAAAGCCUAAAUUCUCUGUGAUUAUUGGGAAACUUUGCAAGUAAGCCCUCCAAACCCUAAAAAAUCUCAUCUCCUACCUCGCUCCCAUGGAAACUCUCUCGAGCUCCAUCGUGUCUUCGCGGUGGGCUGAGCCAUCGCUUAUCCGGCACUCGGCGAUCUCUGUUCGGUGGAAAGCUUCGACUUCUCGAUUCGGUUGCUUCAAAGCCUAUCAGAAUUUCGAACCGUGCUCUUUGAGGAAGAACAUGGUUCGGGACCUAGGGGCGCUCGCUCAUGAAGUCUCAGGUGAUGGUGGGACGGAGGAAGGUGCAGCUUCCAAUGAGGCUUUGUUUCUCUUUGAGAGUAAUACAAGUGACAACAGUAACCAUGGAAGGGGCAUCACGGAAAAACCAGAGUUGGUAACACCAGGUGAUAGUGUCAGUGGGGUAGCUGGAUCCAAACCUGGGCUUUUCAGAACACCUAUCUCGGGCGGUGUACACAGUGCAACCUCUGCUCAUGAUUUACCUCCACCAGCUUUGGCUGUUCGCAAUCUUAUGGAGCAAGCCCGAUUUGCACAUUUGUGCACUGUAAUGUCUCGGAUGCAUCAUAGGCGCGCUUUUUACCCUUUCGGUUCAUUAGUGGACUUUGCACCUGAUCCCCUUGGCCAUCCAAUCUUUUCAUUGUCACCGUUGGCAAUUCAUACACGUAAUCUAUUAGCUGAUCCAAGAUGUACACUGGUUGUACAGAUUCCUGGUUGGAGUGGACUUUCAAAUGCGCGUGUGACAAUAUUUGGUGAUGUUAUCCCACUUCCAGCUGAUCAACAGGAAUGGGCUCAUCAGCAAUUCAUGGCAAAACACCAACAAUGGGCAUCUCAACAGUGGGGAAACUUUCACUACUUCAGGAUGCAGACUAUAAGUGAUAUAUAUUUUAUCGGAGGAUUUGGCACUGUUGCAUGGGUUGAUGUCAAAGAAUAUGAAUCCCUGCAGCCUGAUAAGAUUGCUGCCAAUGGUGGAGAACAGAAUUUGAAGGAACUCAAUGCAAUGUUCUCAAAACCACUUAGAAGUAUAUUGUCCACUGAGGGUGAGAUAGACGAUGCUGCUCUCAUAUCGAUUGACAGCAAAGGCACUGACGUCAGGGUUCGGCAAGGGGCACAGUUCAACAUUCAAAGGUUAUCAUUCAAUGUGGACCAUGGAGUGGAGACAUUGGAGGAAGCUAAGAAAGCCCUUCGAGAUGUCAUUGACAAGGGUAGCAAACCAAGAUUUAAUACCAGAAGUUGAAAUGGUAUGCAUCCAUUUGAUUUUCCUCGACAGCUUCACAAACCGGCCAUUGAGAAGUGAACUAUGGUGUACAGUCAUCAGUGUCUGAUUGUAUUACUAGAUAUUUUUGUGAGAAAUUUGAUGUCUUCAAUAAAUAAGAAUUUCGAAUAUUAAGUUUCUGAAUGUUCA